AGGGGGAACAUGAAAGGCAGAAAGGGAGCCGUGGUUGCCAGGCAACCAGCCCUCGCCCACCUUUGUUUGUUUGGUGACAGCAACUAAGGUCUGGUCAGGGCCGCUUGACCACACUCACGCCUUUUCCUCUCAACAGUUGCUUAAGUCAGGGUGCAGCUCUGGUCACCUGGUGGCCUCUUCAGCUCAGCCCUCCACAAAGUGUGAGCCUGAAGGACCACCCUGAAUGGCCCUUGUAGGACCCAGAACAGCUACCAGCAGAAUCAGGUAAUGGCUCCCUCCUUCUCCACCUGGGCUGCCCUCACCUGGCUAUGGGCUUGCAGUCUGUGAUAAGAAGCUCCGCUUCUAGAAGACUGAUUCUCAUGGACCAACUGGUAUUCAAAGAGACAAUCUGGAACGAUGCAUUCUGGCAGAACCCCUGGGACCAGGGGGGCCUGGCAGUGAUUAUCUUAUUCAUCACCGCUGUCCUGCUUCUCAUCUUAUUUGCCAUCGUGUUUGGUUUACUCACUUCCACAGAAAACACUCAGUGUGAAGAGGGUGAAGAGGAGUGACCUGACUUCCUGGGGACUGAGACGGCAGCAGGGGAGGCGAGCUGACCUGCCCCCAUUCCGGUGGUGGCCCCUCCGCGGUUCCCUCUCAGGGGCCAAGCCCUGGUGUCUUCCUUUCCCACCAGGAAAAAGUCUAGUAAAAUACUGUAUCUGGCUUAGGGUUGGUCAGACUAGUAAGAUGGGGAGGCUGGUCUGAGACCAAUUCUGGCUCCUUGACCCUAUUGUUUUUAGGGUUCCCCGACCAGAACCCUAAAAGCACAUGGAGAGGAUGGCCCCACUGCCUCAGGUGGAAGGAGCGAUGGCUAACAAGGUUCUCUAACAGGCUCACAGGCCCAGCCAGCAAUUUCACAAAUCCUUGACAGAGAAAGACACAACCAAAUGAAGUAAAAAUUCCUUUUCAAAUCUGC